AUGCCCACCCAGACACAGAAGGCCUUCCUGCAGGUCGCAACGGACAAUGCGAUCCUCAAGUUCGGGACAUUUACCCUCAAGUCAGGUCGGCAGUCUCCAUAUUUCUUCAACGCCGGCCUUUUCAACACAGGCGCCCUUUUGUCUUCCCUAUGUCGCGCUUAUGCCGAAACGAUCGAGUCCUGCUCGGUAGACUUUGAUGUCCUCUUUGGCCCUGCUUACAAGGGCAUCCCUCUUGCUGCUGUCACUGCCACGAAGCUGGCAGAUUCUGGCAGACAAGUCGAGUAUGCAUUCAACCGCAAAGAGAAGAAGGCACACGGCGAAGGCGGCAGUCUGGUCGGUGCCUCGAUGAAGGGCAAGAGAGUACUUGUAAUUGACGAUGUGAUGACAGCAGGGACAGCGAUUCGCGAAGCAAUCGAUAUAAUCAAAGCUGAAGGAGGUAUUCUUGCUGGUGUGGUUGUGGCACUGGAUCGCCAGGAACGCGGAACGGACUCGACACUCUCUACCGUGGCAAUGGUCGAACAGGAAUUCAACGUCAAGGUCCAUGCAAUUGUGCGCUUCGAGGACAUCAUUGCUUAUUCUCGUGAGGCACUCAGUUCGGAUGAUACUGAACGCAUGGAGGCAUAUCGCAAGCAAUAUGGCAUUUGAAAGAGACAUCAGCUAGCAUCAUCGCUAGCACUAGACGCGUACUCUACAAGGCUUUGGCUCUCAGUAUAACGCUUUUGAGAAUUCACUGACUGCGAGGUAGGUGCAGCACUGGAAUGACUCGCACCUACAAUUUGCCUUCGUAGAGCGUCUUUCGGCCUUAGUCCUUGGCGUUGCUUGCCUGAAGACACUGCAAAGUUGAUGCCCUUGGCAGUGAUUGUAUCUUGUGCAUCUAGACCUAGCACAUCGACGGCUAGGCCAAAUCGUCUUUCAACUUCCUUGCACUUCUUGCUUGUCAGCUGCCGCUGCUUUUUCUCAUCUCUGAAUCGCUUGCGAAGCACCUGAGAAGCCCUGUACUCGUCUGUCCAACGUUUGUUGGCUGCUGCUAAUUGACUGAGGUGCGCCGACGUCUCUGCCCGUGUCUGUCUUCUGAUAGAUUCCGCCUCAAGUUGCGUGACGGCAUCAUCAUCUGAUCU